AUGUGCGUCAGAGUUGUGACGCCUGCCAAGCGAUAUCUGACGACUUGGGGAAGACAGAAGGGUCUCCUUCAGCAACCGACACGCCCUGAGGAAGCCACGCGUGAGGUAAGCAUGGACUUCAUGGACUUUGACCUUGUAAACGGUCAAUUCAAGGUGUUGCUGGCUGUUGACACGCAGACGCGUAUGAUAUUUGCGAGAGUCUUCAGCCCGAGUGGAGAUGGACCCUCUGUAGUACGCUUUAUGGAGGAGAAGGUCUUGGCGUGGGGAUCUCCUGCGCGUCUAGUGAUGGAUGCGGACAAGAAGUUCCAGAACGGAGACGUGGCGACGUUCUGUAAACGUCGUAUUAUUGUGCCGCACUGGAUCACAGUGGAUCGCCAUCAGGGUAAUGGGCGGCCAGAGACACUCAUCAGGACGAUGAAGGAUUGGCUUCGCAGAGAGAUUGAAGCAGCAGAUGAUUCACCUCAUGCGUGGCUUCACUUGGUUUAUGAGAUGGUGCGUAUUUAA